UUUUUUUUUUUUUUUUUUUUUUUUUUUUUUUUGGCGUCUCUUCCCCCCUUUUUUUUUUUCCCUGGAGUUACAAACUAUUCCCGAAACCAGCUGCUGCUCCGGCUCUCGGAAUUUUCCCCCGUGGCAGAACAACCACCACCGCAGAGACCCGUCGCUGCGGCCGCUUCUCCCGCACAACCCCCGCCGCUUAUUUUUCUAUAAAUCCACAUUAUUAUUCUAUUUUUUCCCCCCUUCUCCACGCGUGCCGUGCCCCCCCUCCCUCCCCGUGUCCCUGCGCAGUGUCGUUGUCGCCGCUCGGCGUGUGCGUGCCCAGCCGUGACCCGGCGGCUCGGCCAAGCUGCGGCUCCAACUUUCCCAGGCGGAAUUUGGCCGGAACAUGUCUCUGACCAACACAAAGACGGGCUUCUCGGUGAAGGACAUUUUGGACCUCCCCGACACCAACGAUGAGGACGGCUCGGCGGAGGGCGGCGAGGAGGAGAGCGAGGCGCCCGAGCCGCCCAGGAAAGCGGGAGUUUUGGGACAAACCCCCUUGGACACUGUUCCGACGCUGCCUUUGAAGAGUCCUUUCUAUGAUAACAGCGAUAAUCCCUACACGCGCUGGCUGGCGAGCGCCGAGGGCAUCCAGUACUCCCUGCACGGGCUGGCGGCCGGCGGCGGCGGCCAGGACCCCUCGGCCAAGUCCCCGGAGCCGUCGGCAGACGAGUCGCCCGACAACGAGAAGGAAGCGGUGGGCGGCGGAGACGCGGGCAAGAAGAGGAAGAGGAGGGUGCUCUUCUCCAAGGCGCAGACCUACGAGCUGGAGCGGCGGUUCCGGCAGCAGCGGUACCUGUCGGCGCCCGAGCGGGAGCACCUGGCCAGCCUGAUCCGCCUCACCCCCACGCAGGUGAAGAUCUGGUUCCAGAACCACCGCUACAAGAUGAAGCGGGCGCGGGCCGAGAAAGGUAUGGAAGUGACUCCUCUCCCCUCGCCGCGGCGGGUGGCCGUGCCGGUGCUAGUCAGGGACGGCAAGCCCUGCCACACGCUCAAAGCCCAGGACUUGGCAGCCGCGACGUUCCAGGCGGGCAUCCCGUUCUCGGCGUACAGCGCGCAGUCCCUGCAGCAGCACAUGCAGUACAACGCGCAGUACAGCGCGGCCGGCAGCCCCCAGUACCCCACAGCGCACCACUUGGUACAGGCGCAGCAAUGGACUUGGUGAGGGCUGCGGGCCCCGAGCACACGCCCCGAGAACGGAGGAAAACACAGAAUUAACAGGCACAAACCGAGAGAGAGAGAGAGAGAGGAAAAAAAGGAGACAGACUGAUGCUCCAAAAAUUAAAAAAAAAAAA